AUGGAGACUGAAGAGACCAAAGGGCUCGCAGUCCCUCAUGUUACUUCGCCCACUAUCGAGGCAACGCCAACUUCUCCCGAGAAAAUUGAAGCACUAUCAGUCCCCCUUUCUAUCUCGCCUGUCAGUGAGCCGAUGCAAGCUUCUCAUGAUGAGACCAAACAACUCCCAGUUUCUCUUCCUGUCUCGCCUGUCAUCGAGCCGAUAUCAUUGUCUCAACUUAACCCAGGCCCCUUGGAAGAACCAAGUCAACAGACCGAGACAUCAGACGCACAGGUCGGCAACGUGGCACUUCACCAACAAUUUCCUGACACUGUUAUAAAGGAAGCGUUGAAAGCACUUAUCGACAACAGCAUCUCAGUUGUGGAAUACGGGAACCAGGUUCUAUACAGAUGUGGGUAUGCAGAGGUUUUGAUUGCCGUAGAGUGGAUUGUGCCAGAUAAACAGCUGUUGCUUGCUUCCCAGGUGUUGCUCGAGCACAACUGGCCCCGCCUUCUUUAUCAUGAGAGAGAUUGGACUGGAUACCCUAAAGUCGAUGAAUACUGGGAAAGUCGAUACCUGAUGCAUGACCUUGAUGGCCAGGGCUGGAUGCGUGUUCAUCUUAUGCCUAUGUCAUUGGUUGGUUUCACUCUUGAGGAGACUGUCGAGGUUCCCUCGACAUUUGCUCACGAGCUCCACCUCCGCACCCCCAAGCCUCCUCAUUACAUGUCAUCCUUGAUACGUCAUCUGUUGCAACUACCAAUUGAACACGAUAGCCGACUUCGGGUAGAGAAAGACCUCAUGGCGUUUAUCUCUGCUUACAUCCUCAAAGAUGGACCGGCUAAUACGACUAUGUGGACCCAUCUUGAUGACCAGGAGAGCGACGAGGACUACCAGAAAAGAGUUGAAGAAGGGGUCCGGUUUAUGAAGACAUGGGACUGGAGCAAGAUCGAGGAGAGAUACCUGGCCAUAGCUGAAUGUGCGGUCCGAGAUUGCCGGUACAUCCAUACGCUGACAGAUGUCCAAGAAGAGCAACAGAUUCCCUGA